CUAGGGAAAGAGGAAGAGCCCAACGUCUUUCAAUGACGCUUCUCUUGUGAUUUGUCUUUCAUAACAUUCCUAAAUAGAGUGUGUCCCUGGAUCAGAGUCAGCUGACAAUGCCUAAUGACAAUCUAGCCAUGGGGUACCGGCCUCGAUGCGAGAGUGAAGAACAACUGGUCAACGAUAUGGAAGAAGACGACUACGAAGAAGAGAUGCAAGAAGAAAUAGAGCAAGCAGAACAAGAGGAAUUAGAGUUUCAAGCCCAAGAACCGUCGCACAAACAUGUUUACUUUGUGACGGACCCUCGAAUGAGUUCAUGGAGUGCUAAAGAUGACGAUCCUUCAGCUAGCACUAAACUCGGGAAAAUGAGGUUUAAAAUUGGCAGAGUAGUGGAUCAUUUUAUCACUAGAGUUAUAAGUCUUCUCCUGGUUGUUGCUGAUAUCAUCAUUGUGAUAGUCAACCUUGCAACAAGUGAUACUCAUUCAACAAACUUGGAAGACAAACCUCUUGAAGUAUUUACUCUCAUAAUUGCUACAAUAUUCAUGGUUGAACUGUGUCUUCGCAUUUUUGCUCUUGGGUCUCAUUUCUUCAAAAGAUGGAUAGAAAUUCUUGAUAUGAUUAUAGUCAUUGUGUCAUUUAUUUUAACUGUAGUAUUUGCUGUUAUCACUUUUAGAGAGCACAGUGUCAUCAAACUUGUUGUUGCUGCACGAUUCAUAAGAAUUUUAUUUUUUAUAAGAAUUGUAACUGGCAAAGACCAGUUAGAGAGAGCAACAAGGAGAAUGAUUUCACAAAACAAGAGAAGAUACCAAAAAGAUGGAUUUGAUCUUGAUUUAACUUAUGUUACAGAAAGAGUCAUAGCCAUGUCUUUUCCCUCUUCUGGCAAACGAAAGAUGUACAGAAACCCAAUUGCUGAAGUUGUUCGUUUCCUGGACACCAAACACAAAGACCACUACAAAGUCUACAAUAUGUGUAGUGAAAGGAGCUACGAUCCAACAUUGUUUCACAAUAGAGUUGAAAGAAUUUUAAUAGAUGAUCACAACGUCCCAAGAUUAAGUCAGUUGCUGUAUUUCUGUCACAAUGUAAGAGAAUGGAUGGAACUGGAUUCUUCAAAUGUCAUAGCUGUUCACUGUAAGGGAGGGAAAGGAAGAACUGGAACAGCUGUUUGUUCCUGGCUUAUUGCUAAUGGUCAGUUUGAACAAGCAAGGCAAAGUCUAGAGUUCUUUGGUUUUCGUCGUACAGACUAUAAUGUUGGUAAGACAUACCAAGGAGUUCAAACACCAAGUCAGAGUCGCUAUGUUGGUUAUGUAGAAAAAAUAUUUACCAAACUGAAUCGCAGAAUGCCAGCACCAGUCCCUCUCAAACUGAGAACUAUCAAAAUUGAUGGGAUAGGAGGGGUGGGAAAUGGUAAUGGUAAGGAUCUUAGAUUUGAAGUUGUCAUAAAUGGAAGCAUUGUGUAUCAUUUGGCAUGUACUGGUGGACGUCCUGGCCAAAUAAAGCACUUUUCAGAUUUGGACAAACUAGUCAUUGCAUUAGGGGAUAUGGAUUGCCCUACAUUAACUGGUGAUAUUAAAAUCAAGUUUUACUGUUCAAGUCAGAAUGUCCCAGUUGCAUAUGACAAGUGUGCAUUCUUCUUUUGGUUCCAUACAAGCUUCAUUGAAAACAACAGACUGUAUAUGCGCCGUGAUGAACUUGAUAACCCACACAAACCAAAAUCAUGGAAAGUCUACAAAGAAAACUUUGCUGUCGAUCUAACUUUUCACCAGCCAUAGCCAGAUGUCUAUUUUCAAAACCUUUAUAGGACAACUCUAUAGAUAUGUAUAUAAUCUUUAUUUGAUAUUCAGAAAUUUUCCUAUAACUGCAUACUUAGGAACUUCUCAUUUUUGUUCAUACAAACUUUUGGCUAAAGUUCUGAUAAAUGCAAAAGACUGAUUUACAUAAUUACAACUUGUCAUGGCUAACAUGUCUCAUAGGAUUUCAGCCAUCAAAGACUUCCAACAAGUUGUUGGUCGCACACAUCUAAUCAUAAGCUAUUCACAGUAUGUUUAUCUGUCUUGAACAUCAAAAAGGUUUGUCAAAAGAUUGUGUAAAUCAGCCUUAGGUGUCUUUUAAUCUACUGGCUGGUUAAAACUUUUGCAACAAAAUCCAAAUGACGUAUUUGCAAUCUGUCAUAUCUUGGUAUGACCUUUUCUUGAGUUGCAACAAAUAUAUUAGUCUUCAUCGCAGCAUACCCUUUUGUCGGGCUUGGACAGGGUGCCAGACAAAAGGAUAGGCUAUGAAGCUGGAAGGAGGCUACCAAUGUAUGGGAAUCAAUUUGGUAUACAAGAUACUGCCCCAAUCUGAAUGGUUUUCUUUUGCACUGAGGGGAAAAAGCAGUUGAUUCCAGGUCACUGGUUGUAACCUAGGAAGAGGGCGAGACAAGGAUUGCAUUAUCAAAAAGACAUAAUAACAUUUCAUUCUGACAAUAUUGCUCUAUUUUGUAUGCUAGGUAUUUUGUAUUACUUCUGUUAAUGUUGCUGCUCAUGCUAGAAAGUGAUUAUUUUUCAAAAAGAGUCACUGGCUUUUAAACACUUCAAAUAGAAAAAAAGCUUUUGUAAUUCAGAGUGAUGAUGAAAAAAUAUAAAUCUAUUUUGGGAUAAA